AAAGAUAUUUUUCUCUCUCUCUACAACAUACGACGCUUUUCGGUAGUCAUAAUGAUGCUACACCGUCCUUUUCAAUUCGUCCCCUUAAGUCAAACCCGUUGCUUUUCUGUCAAAAGGCUUUCUUUCUUGCUUUCUUGGCUUCCUCCGCGAUCUCCACCGUGCCUCCCCCCACACUGAUGUGUUUAUGCAUUGGUGAUCUUCACUCUGUUCUCACUUUUGACAGUUUUAAUGGCGAUUUCUGCGUGUUCUCCUUCCGGUCGAUCGGUUUCGGUUUCUCCGGAGCCUUCCGAUUUCAGGUCGUCGAGAAGAGUUUAGCAAAUUUGAAUUCUGUUUUGACGCUUUGCACGCCCCGGAGUUCUUUUAAGGAUGACAUUCCUUAGAGGGACAGGGAUGGGGAAGAAUUUGUCUCUUGCAAAAAUUUCGUGAAGAUCCUUAUCCCCGAGGAUGGAUUGUUAUUCAUUGAUGGAAUGGAAGAGAGUUUGUAUUUUUUCCAUGUGUUGUGAUUGCUGAUUUUUUUGAAUGGAUUAGAGCACUGUUGUGCUCAAAUCAUGCUCUCGUAAUUACCAAUGAUUCUAAUAUACUCCUCUUCUAAAACAAAUUUUAUCGCAAUAAUUUUAUCAGCUGCUUUCUUUAAAAUGUACAAUUUCAUCCCACAUCCCUUCCUCAAUUAAUAAUUUCUUAUGUUAUCUUGUUUCCUCUGUAUCAAUAUACCCAUGUUUAACUU